AUGGUUCUUAAUGCAAGAGCUCUGGUUUUGCUCCACAUUCUUGUUUGGUCAUUGCCAGAUACAUUUAGCCUGAGUUCUGGUACCCUGAGCGAUAUCUCUUGCUUGAAAUCUAUUAGAGAUUCCUUGGAAGACUCUCUCAAUCGCAUAUCCACUUCUUGGACCUUCAACAACCCCACAGAACGUUCUAUCUGUGGAUAUGUUGGGGUCAGUUGUUGGUACAUAUUUGAGAAUAGGGUUCGAGGUGUACAACUGGCCAACAUGGGGCUUAAGGGCAAGUUCCCUAGGGGCCUUGUGGACUGCAGCGUACUUAUAAUCUUAGACCUUUCAGGCAAUGAAAUUUCAGGAUCAAUCCCACGUGAUAUCAGUGAAAUACUGCCGGCUGUAGAAGUGCUCAAACUCUCAAAUAAUAACUUGUCUGGAGAAAUCCCAUCGAGUAUGGGUAAUUGCUCUAAUCUGGAGGUUCUUAUACUCGACAACAACAGGCUAAUGGGUCAAAUACCUCAACAACUCAACCAGCUCAUCCGUCUAGAAGUCUUUAGUGUUGUUAAUAAUUUGUUGUCAGGGCUAGUGCCAGACUUUGUCAACAUCACUACAAUCAAGCCCAAGCUAUCUUUUUUCACCUACCAUUUUAAUCUUUGUGUGGGAUCAAACAAGAGGAAUAAGAUAAUGCCAACAAAUACUACAGAAUUGACAGCGACCAGGAAGAACAUCGGUAAAGAAGUUGAUCAAGUUACCCAAUUGCCAACCAAGGGCAUUGGGAAAGAAGAAUUCAUGAAGAGGCUAUAUGAGUCUCAAUCUUUUGAGAAACAAUUCAAAUCUGAGCUAUCAGCUCUUGCUAGAUUGAGACACAAUAACAUAAUUUCCCUCUUGGGUUACUGUAGAGAAAGGAAGGAAAUGCUUCUAGUAUACCAAUAUAUAUCGAAUGGUAACCUUUAUGACUGGCUACAUCCUGGGGAAGACAAGAUUAAGAUCUUGGACUGGCCUUCAAGGAUUAAAAUUUCUGUUGGGAUAGCAAGAGGCCUAGCAUGCCUUCACCGUAAUUGUCAUUUCUCAGUAGUCCAUCUCAGCUUGAGUUUGAAUGCUAUCUUACUUGAUCAGAAUUUUGAGGCCAAGAUAUCAAAUUUUGGAGAGGCAAUAAUAUUGAAACCUGGAGGGCUAAUGUUUGUGAACUCAAGUGAUAAUGACAUGAGCAUUAGAGUUUUUGAUGGCAGUGGGGUUAGGGAGUUGGAUUAUUUCAAAAAGGAUGUCUAUGAUUUUGGUAUUUUGCUUCUUGAGCUAAUUACAGGAAAGGCACCCAUUCAAAUAAAUAAUUAUUCAAACUGUUUGGAUGAGAGUUACGUUGAUUGGAUUACUUGUCUUUUGACUUGCCCUUGUUUAAUGUGCAAUUUCAUUGAUAAAUCUCUUAUUGGGUUAGGUUUUGAUAAUGAAAUCUUUCAAUUGCUCAAAAUUGCCGGUGCUUGCAUUAAGCCCUUAUCUUGUCAAAGGCCCACAACCCUUGAUUUGUACCAUGCGAUAAGCAUCCUUGGAGAGAAUUAUGGCUGCAUAACUAAUGAUACUUAG